ACACACACACACACACACACACACACAUACAAAAAUCGCAAAUGGCUGGAGAGCGUCGGAGGGUGAGCGGCCUCUUUGGGCAGCAGCACGGAUUUGACAGCUCGACGACGUGAGGAUAUCCGCUGAGCCCGCCAGGCCCAGAGCACUGCCCCGGUGCAGCGAGGCCGGCCGCUGGCCCCCUCCGCCACUUCCCAAACUUUUGUUUUUCAAUUUCUGACCCGGAGAAGGACGCACUGCCCCUGCCGGGCGGAGGAGAGAGAGAGCGUGUUGGAGGGGGGCAGAUCGGUUGGAGGCCAACACUUAGACCAGACACCUCCGGUGCCCUAUGUCAGCCCGACGUGUGUUGUCGUGACGACUCGAGCUGUUUUUUGCUUUUUUUUUUUUUUUAAUUUUGUUUUUUUAGAGCCUCCCGUGCCUCAUUUAGGAACUGCAAAGUGUCCUUUUUUGGGGGAGGGUGCUGGUGGAGGGGGCAUGCUGAAAGGUAACUGAAAGACCCCCACGUCCGGAUCGUCAUGGAGGAGGGAGAGAAUGAAGUGAGGUGGGAUGGGCUGUGCAGCCGGGAUGCCGCCACCCGGGAGACCGCUCUGGAGCACAUCAGGCAGGUGGUCCUCAGGAAGACCGAGUGCCUCCGGUUCGCCCCAGAGACCCCUCACCGUCCGCUGGACGGGCAUCACCCCAGCGCCGUGGCCGCCGACGGCUUGAACAAGUUGCUCGCCCAUCUGCUGAUGCUUUCCAAGAGGUGUCCCUUCAAAGACGUGAGGGAGAAAAGCGAGUGCAUCCUGCAGUGUGUCCAGGAACUUGGAAUCAGAAUUCCUCGACCACUAGGACACGGACCAAGCCGAUUCAUCCCAGAAAAGGAGAUUCUCCAAGUGGGGAGUGAAGACGCACAGAUGCAUGCUUUAUUUGCGGAUUCCUUUGCUGCUUUGGGUCGUUUGGAUAACAUCACAUUAGUGAUGGUUUUCCACCCACAAUAUUUAGAAAGUUUCUUAAAAACUCAACACUAUCUACUGCAGAUGGAUGGCCCACUACCCCUCCAUUAUCGGCACUACAUCGGAAUAAUGGCUGCAGCGAGACAUCGGUGCUCCUAUCUGGUGAACCUGCAUGUGAGUGACUUCCUGCACGUCGGCGGAGACCCCAAGUGGCUCAAUGGCUUAGAGAAUGCUCCUCCCAAACUGCAGAACUUGGGAGAACUCAACAAAGUUUUAGCCCACAGACCCUGGCUUAUUACCAAAGAACACAUUGAGGGACUCUUAAAAGCUGAGGAACACAGCUGGUCCCUUGCGGAACUGGUCCACGCAGUGGUUCUGCUCACACACUACCAUUCUCUUGCUUCGUUCACAUUCGGCUGUGGAAUCAGUCCAGAAAUUCAUUGUGACGGUGGCCACACAUUCAGACCUCCUUCUCUGGGUAACUACUGCAUCUGUGACAUUACAAAUGGCAAUCACAGUGUGGAUGAGAUGCAGGUCAACUCAGCAGGAAAUGUUUCGGUAAGUGAUUCCUUCUUUGAAGUUGAAGCCCUCAUGGAAAAGAUGAAGCAGUUACAGGAAUGUCGUGAUGAAGAAGAAGCAAGCCAAGAAGAGAUGGCCUCGCGUUUCGAAAUAGAAAAGAGAGAGAGCAUGUUUGUCUUCUCCUCAGAUGAUGAAGAAGUUACACCGGCAAGAGACGUGUCUCGUCACUUUGAGGACACUAGUUACGGCUAUAAGGAUUUCUCACGACAUGGGAUGCACGUUCCAACAUUUCGGGUCCAGGACUAUUGCUGGGAAGACCACGGGUAUUCUCUGGUAAAUCGUCUUUAUCCUGAUGUGGGACAGUUGAUUGAUGAAAAAUUUCACAUCGCUUACAAUCUUACUUACAACACAAUGGCAAUGCACAAAGAUGUUGAUACCUCAAUGCUCAGACGGGCUAUUUGGAACUAUAUUCACUGCAUGUUUGGAAUAAGAUAUGACGACUAUGACUAUGGUGAAAUUAACCAGCUUUUGGAUCGUAGCUUUAAAGUUUAUAUCAAAACUGUUGUUUGCACUCCUGAAAAGGUUACCAAAAGAAUGUAUGACAGCUUCUGGAGGCAGUUCAAGCACUCUGAGAAGGUUCAUGUUAAUCUGCUUCUUAUAGAAGCUAGGAUGCAAGCAGAACUCCUUUAUGCUCUAAGAGCCAUCACACGCUAUAUGACCUGAAGCCUUUCCUCCACUGAAGAUUAUUCUGGAAAUGAUCAACUGAGGUAUCUUCAAGGGGAAAGUGCCACGUCCCCAGGACCAAUGGUAGAUAAAGAAUUAAGAAACCCAUUGUGCCACGAUUCUUUUAGUUUCUGCUAUUUUACUGUGGAAAUAUACCACUGCCAGUGCGAGCAGUGAGCGCUAGGCAGCUUCAAGUGCAGAGCUGUGAAGAAGAGCUGCUGCUGCCAGUGUUUUGCUUCCUGACAGUACAAGAUGCUGUACAGCUGCUGUAAUGCAGCCAGCAGUAACUCUCCAGACCCUGAUGCUUCUACGUCAAAUCACAAGAAUUGGAGCAUGUGAAGAAAGGGACUUGGAUCAUGACGGAAGCUUUAUGUAUAAAGAAUUCUAGAAGACCUUGGUGCUGCUAUUCUGGCUGGUGGAAUGAACAGAUGGCUGUUCCAGUUAAGCUAUUAGUAAUAGACAUGAACACUGCUACUAUCUGAGCCUUCAUACAUAAUUUGUGUGGUUUCAAAUUAAACUUGCAGAUCUGUUAAUAUUUUUUUGCAUCUAAAAAAAAAGCUAGAAUUAUUACUGCUCAGCAAAGACCAUUUUGAUGGUAACAGUUCUUUAAAGUUUUAAUUCAGAGUUAUUGAAUGAUAACUAAAUUACAGCAGCAUUCUUUAAGAUGUUCAGAACAGUAAUCUUAAAGUAUGUGCACUCUAAGAAAAACUGGCUGUCUUGUGUUCGGCUGGCCUAUGGGGUUCUCUGACACUGAAGGGGUGCUGCUUCAGGCAGGAGCUAUGUUUCUGGCACCACCCUGGUGGGGAACAUUCCUGUAGACUGCUGCACAGCCCCAGGGCACAGCACCCCUCUGCCCCUGCCCACCUGGUGGGCCACUGCUUCAAAGGGUGUGCAGCUCCUGAAAAACUAAAGCUGGAAAAUAUUUUUAGUCAGGUUAUCAAAUUGAUUUACAAAAACAAUGCUAACUUUGUUUGAAAUACAGGUUUGGAAAAAAUGUAUUAAGUACUUUGUAUUCUGGAAACGUGAAAUGCUUUUGAAGUCAGUAUUAUCAGUAUUUUUCAAUAAAGAAUAAUUUUUCUCCA